AUGUCUAGCCAGAAUCUCUCGUCACCUCAACUACCUACUAUGAGCGACAACACCCCCACUCAGCACGAGCUGGUCUCGGCAGAAUGGCCCCAGGAAUCCGAGACUCAAGAGCUUCCAGAUUACGAUGAUUCCGAGAACUACCAUCGCGUCGGUGGCUUCUACUUCCGCCGGCCCUCGGUCGACACCUCCUCGCCGCUCCCCUCCCCCGUCCGCAGGCGCGUGUGGGAGGCCGCCUUGGAUCAGCAACAGCUCAACCUCACCCUGCGGCAAAACCGCCUUGAAACCCAACACAACACCUUUGAAACAGCGUUGGAGACGGUCGAGGAUCGGCAGGAUUUGAUGUCGGACCGUCAGGACGUUGAUGCGUCGCGCAUCACCCGCAUUGCGAGAGACCUUGAAAGUAUCCAAGAGACUCUCCAGUCCAGGCCAUGCGCGGCGUACUGUGGCCUCAAGUCGCCCAGUCGUCACACAAAAAAGCAUUGGCUGCCACGGUGCUUCAAAGCGGAGGGUGCGAUUGCACAUAUGGCAUGUCCUGCAACAGCAAAGGGCGCCACGGCUGAAUCCGAUGACGAGGUGUUUGAAGGUUCAUCUGGCGGUGCUGGGGGAAAGCGGAAGAAGGGAGAUGAAGAUGACGACGACGAUGAUGAAGAUGAUGAGGUCAAAGAUAAGCAAAAGUCUCCUAAGCGUCUUAAAACCUCCUCCGCAGCUGGCAACAAUGAGAUUAUUGAUCCGGAAAUGAGCGAGGGGCUUCGGCCUUCGGUCGCUAGUAAUGGUCUUCACGCUCCCGGAAGCCCCGGUUACUUCUCUACCGGAUCUGCAAGCAAAAAGCGGGCGCGUUCCAGUCGGUCUGCGGAGCGCUUAGAGGAUGACGAGGAGGAUAACGACCGGGAUUUGGAUGAGGAGGAUAAGCACAAAGCCAAGAGCCGGAAGCUGACGACCCAAAAUGAAGGGGCCGAUGAAGAGGACGAUGAAGAGGAAGAUGAAGAGGAGGAGGCUGACGAGGAGGGCAAGGAGCCGCUAAAGAUCAAGCUUCAGGAAAAGGCAAAAGUCUCCGCGGAGCUAAAAAAGAAGGCCAUUCCGAAGGCGAAGAAACCCACCCAUCCCAAGAAGACGAUUCCCACACCGACGAAAGCCAGAGCAAAUCCCGUUGCUAAGCCAGACAGAUCCACAAGCACUCGCUACGACUUGAGAAACCUUGUAAAGAUCCAAGAAGAGAGAAUAGAAGAAGAAAGGAAAAAGAAGCUUGCCGCUGAGGAGAAGAAAAGGGCCGACAUCAAGAAGAAAGCGGAGGCUAAGAAGAAAGCUGAGAUGAAGAAACAGGCUGAAGAAGAGAAGAAGAGACAGAUUGAUGAAGAAAAGAAGAAACAGUCUAAGAAGGGAAAAGCCGAAGAGAAGAAGAAUCAAAAGAAGUCGGUUGUGGAUGAAGAGGAAGAAGAAGAAGAAGAAGAGGAGGAGGAGGAGGAGGAGGAGGAGGAGGAGGAGGAGGAGGAGGAGGAGGAAGAGGUUGAAAAUGACGGCAGCAAAGAAGGGGAGGAGGACGAAAACGACGAUGAAGAGGUGGAAACGGAAGGCGAAGACGAGGUGGAGGACGAAGAAGAAGAAGAAUGA